AUGUCUGCCUCGGAUGCAGAGAAAGGGACACUAGAUAUUCAUUCUCCUCAACUCGCCAAUUUCGUCAAGCACGAGAAGAACGCAGUAGACAUCGAGGUAUUCGACGUGCAGUCUCUUGAGAAAGAUGUGCCUGUUACUCCCCAAGAUGUCGCUAAGCCGCCGCCAGCCCCUGCGAAAUCAGCAAAGAAGAGUACGCCCUUGUGGGUCCUCUGGGUCCUCUGGUACAAUGCGUAUAGGCGUUUUUUCACCGUCGUGUUCGUAGUCAAUUUCGUUGGAAUUGGCUUUGCGAUUGCUGGAAAAUGGCCAUACGCUGCAAGAUAUCCUGGUGCUUUGGUCCUCGGUAAUUUGAACGUUGCAAUUCUUGUGCGUAACGAGAUAUUCGGCCAUUGCUUGUAUUUGUUCGUCAACACCUUCUUCGCCAAGUGGACUCCUCUAUGGUUCCGCCUUGCGUGUACCUCCACUUUGCAGCAUCUCGGUGGUAUCCACAGCGGAUGUGCAAUCUCCGGCGUAGCUUGGAUAGUCCUCAUGGUCGUGCAUCAAUCCAAGACGAAGCAUAUCGUAUUCGAGCUGAAUCAUCGGGUAUACGCCAUCCUGACCAAUGCCUAUGACACUGCAGACGGGAAGUUCGACCACGUCGGAAGAUACGUCGUCCAACAGCAGGCUUUCUGGUACACGGUCGGAAUGUCUAUCUUCUGUUCCGGCAUUGUUCUGCCUUGGAUUUGCACGCGACACGUCGAGGUCGAGGUCGAACUUCCCUCUCCGAAAGUCGCUGUUCUCCGCUUCGAGCGUGGUAUGCAACAGGGUCUGCUUGCUCGCAUCAGUCGCUCGGCUGUCAAGGAAUAUCACGCUUUCGGUAUCAUCUCCGAGGGUACCCAUGAAAAGCACCACUACCUUAUCUGCGGCGUGCAAGGCGAUUUCACUAAGGGACUGGUCAACGACCCGCCUAAAAAAAUUUGGACUCGCGAGCUGAAGUUUGCUGGUGUCUCCAACACGUCGACGCUUUACAAGCGUGGAAUCCGAAUCUGCACUGGAACUGGUCUUGGUGCUGCCCUUUCUACUUGCAUUCAAUCUCCCUAUUGGUACCCAAUUUGGAUCGGCUCCGAUCAAGAGAAGACAUUUGGCCCAACUAUCAGUGGUCUCAUUCACAGGCACAUAGGUCCAGAGCGUCUCCUCCUUUGGGACUCGAAAGUCCGUGGGGGUCGUCCACCCACCAUGAAGAUCUUGAAGGAGGUAUACGACCAAUGGCAGGCGGAGGUUGUCUUCAUCACUUCCAACUACGUGGGUAACUUUGAGAUCCAACAUGGUUGCAAGGAAGCUGGGAUUCCUGCAUUCGGAACACUUUGGGACUUUGGUAUUCGGCCCCAUUUGAAGAGGAGUAACAAAAGGAGACUCAAUGCAAACUCCUUCGCCAGUGUAAGUAAGAAGGAGGAAAGUGUUGCCAAGGGUGUGCGGGUGCACCCAGGUGUGAACGUGAACGUCCCUAAUACUCUUGUCAACAUGCAUUUCAACUGA